AAAAAUGAGAAUCCUAAUAGUGCUAUUGAUUGGUUUGGCAUUAAGCAAAUUGGCCACAGAUCCUAAAGUUGUACUUGCAGAAAUCGACAACAAUCAUAUGGGAAAAACAUUCUUGAAUGCCAUUUAAAUUAGUUUAGCCACAGGGUCACCAGUCCACGAAAUUCAAAGCUAUAUUAACAACAUCAGAUUCAUAAAGACUCCGAUCUUUAUAUCCAAAAUACACAAGCCUCAUGUAACAGAUUGCUUCACGAUUUCUCUACAAACUUGGCAUAUCAUUAAAAAUACAAACAAUUUGCAAAGAUCAUUAAACAAAAUUGCUGAGGUUUCUGUUGAAAUUGAAGAGAAUUCCAAAAAAACUAAUGCAGGACAAAGUGAAAGAGAUUUACAAUAUGCUGAAUUUUAAUCUAAAAUCAAGGACCAUGCUGAAGCUAUCUCAGCCAUUGACGAAGCUUAUGCUUUGAUUGAGCAUCUCUCAGGAGGAUCCUCAUUCAUUCAAGUCAAAGGAAGAUUUAACAAAGUCUUGUCCAGAUUAUAGAGUCAAUCAACAUCAAGUGGAUUAUUAUUUUAACCAAUUCUAACCAUGAUGACCCAACUCUCAGCUAAGUCUGAUUCUGAUACAGCCAAGAAAGUCUUAUAGUUAUUGUCCAAUUUGAGAGUCUAAAUCGUUGAAAGCAAAUCAAGUGAUGAAGACAUUGAAAAAUAAUAAAGUCUGAACUGGUAAUAGUUCUUAUCCGACUUAACCAAUGAAAGAAACACCUUAUCUGAUUAAAGAUAGAAUCUUGAAUAAGCUAUCUUGAAUUAUCAAAGCAUUAUCGAAGAAUCCUAGGGCAAAGUUGAAUAUCAUGCUGCUGAAGUAGAGAGAAAUCAAUCCAAUUUGGAUGGAUAGGAUCAAUGGUGCAGAUAAUAAUAAGAUAUUUAUUAAAUGGAAACUCAAUCCAGAGUCCAAUUACAAGACUUGAUUUCUAGAAUCUCAGAUCAUAUCCAAGAUAAGAUUGUUACUCUUAAGGAAUAUCUUAGAGAGAGACUCUAAUUAAAUUGAGAUUAACAACACACAUUUAAUAUUAUAUAUAUAAUGAAUUCGUUAC